CAAUUUGGACCCGCCCCUUCGUCCUUCCCCGCCUGCCUCUGCAGCGUGACUGAGCUGCCGCCGCUCUCUCUCCACCUUCUUUGCUGCCGGGAUCCAUCGCUCGCUCCCUUAAGUUGCCCACGGCUGCUGAGGACGCGAGGAAGGAGAAGCGUGGGUCCGGACAAGUCCUUUGCGCAGGAUCCAGGCCAGGUGAUACAAUGGAAUCAUUGGAUACAACACUCAAUAGUUACCUGGAUGUUUGGCUUGGGCCAAGAGAUCCCAGGGUAAAAGGAUGGUUUCUCUUGACGAACUACACACCUACCUUCAUCUUCUCUGUCUUAUAUUUAUUAAUCAUAUGGAGAGGACCAAAGUAUAUGCAGAACCGACAGCCAUUUUCAUGCAGGGGCAUUCUAGUGGUCUAUAACCUUGGACUUACCCUCCUGUCCCUCUAUAUGUUUUAUGAGCUGGUGACAGGAGUAUGGGAAGGAGGAUACAAUUUCUUCUGUCAGGAUACGCACAGUGGAGGUGAAGCUGAUAUGAAGAUUAUGCGGGUCCUCUGGUGGUACUACUUCUCAAAGCUCAUUGAAUUUAUGGACACUUUCUUCUUUGUCUUACGAAAAAAUAACCACCAAAUCACAGUUCUUCAUGUAUACCACCACGCAACUAUGUUGAAUAUUUGGUGGUUUGUUAUGAACUGGGUGCCUUGUGGCCACUCAUAUUUUGGUGCCACCCUUAACAGCUUCAUUCAUGUCCUUAUGUAUUCCUACUACGGACUAUCCGCUAUUCCAUCUAUGCGUCCGUAUCUCUGGUGGAAGAAAUACAUCACUCAGGGACAGCUGAUUCAAUUUGUUCUGACAAUCUUCCAGACAAGCUGUGGGGUCGUUUGGCCUUGUUCAUUUCCUAUGGGAUGGUUAUACUUCCAAAUUGGUUAUAUGAUCUCCUUGAUUAUCCUUUUCACAAAUUUCUAUGUUCAGACUUACAACAAAAAAGCAGCCUCCAGAAGGAAAGAAUAUCAGAAUGGUUCUGCAGCUGCUGUGAACGGGUACACAAAUAGCUUUUCUUCUUUUGAGAACAAUGUGAAGCAAAGAAAACAAAGGAAGGAUUGAAGAACAAACUGAGAAACUAUUCUGAUAUCCCAGGCAACAACAACAAAAUCUGAUUGUAAGCACAAUAUGUGUUGUGCACUGAUAACUCUUGACAGCUACUGUAACUAUUCCUGCCUAGAAUAGUGUCGAUUUAUGUAGGAUCUAACCAGUGCAAAACAUCCUAGAAACUACCCCUAAGCUAAAGUUGAUGACGUUGAUAAUCCUGGAUGGUCAUAGACUGAAGCAUAAACUGUGGAAGGAAGUAUUAUUGUAGUAUGACAGACACUGCUGUUGCCUUACUAGUCAAUAUUAGAGGUGCUGAAUUAGGAUUCACAAUUACAAAACUGUAAUUCAGACUCAUAUUUUUAACUGUAGAUAGUGCAUGUUAUUGUAAUUUGUACAACAAGAUUAAGUUCUUUUUUUUUUCAGUAGUUUAAAACACACAUGCCUUAAAUUAAAAUUAAAGCAGGGCCCAAAAUCUAUUUUGAUCCAGUUUGAAAAUGUAUGGAACUGUUUGAUUCUAAGGGAGCAGCUUCUCCGGGGUAGUUUAUGCUAGAGUACGGAUACUAAACAGAGAAGCGCAGGGUCACUGAUGAAAAGUUCACAGAUAUGCCUGUUGGUUUUCCCUUCCAUUCAAGUGUAUGGCCUUGUUCAUUUCCUGCAGGGUGGUUAUACUUCCACAUUGACUAUAUGAUCUCCUUAAUGACCCUUUUCACAAAAGGCUGUCUUCAGGUCUAGAAUAUAGAAAUGUCUAUUCUAUCUGCUAGAGAAGUGAUAACCCAGAAAAGGCAGGGCACUCACCUGUAAACACUUCAUGCCCACCAGGUAUCAUUGGCACAGUAUGUGUGUAGCCUGUUUUGAGAGAGGCAUUUCCUGCAGCCGAGAUGUGACGAUGUUUAGUUCCUUUCACAAAUCAAAGAGACACCGUGUCUGUGAUGUGCAGUAGUAGGCACGUUCAAAGGCUCACACUUCUAUAUAUGUUCUUUUUGAAAUGAAACCAAUGCUGAAAUAAAUGGCCAUUUAGUUUUGUCAGGACUCACUAUUUUUCUCAUUUUAUUAUAACAAGUCUGCAACAGUUCAGCUUUUAAAACAUUUUUCCUCAAUUAACUUUUAAUAAUAAGUAAUGGGAACUUCACUUUUGCUUAGGCAGUGUCUAGGAUGGGAUGCUGACUCUAAGCAUUACAGCAUGCUUGGGGAGGCCAGCCUAUCUUUCUCCCACAAAAUGUUUCCAGUGUUGCAUCCUGAAAAUGUUGCUGUUUACUUUCUCAACUGCCAGUGACAUCUGAGAUGAAACCAGCUGUGGGUUUUUCUUAACCAUUUUUCCUGUUGAGGAAGGCACAGCUAUUCCUUUUUCCAUUCCAUGGCUAAGUCUUUCCUACACUUGAAAAAUCUUAGAAUGAGUCUUCUGGUUGGACCACAGCAAGCCAACUAAAGGUAUCUUGAGUAAAUUGUGAAGCAGAUUUCUGAAAAUUGCAGAAGUUGAGGGGGGUCCCUAUUCUCAUGACUGACUGCAUUGUUUCAACCAUACUUCAAAGCUAUUCCUGGGUAAAUCUAGUAUUUGCCUUUUUUUCCUAGCUUUUGUUCCUUUGUUGCAGAGAUUUUAAGAAAACUUUGGGAUUAACCCUGGCUUCUCCCCUUCCCUCUGCAGUAUUGAGGCUGGGGUCUCCUUGAGAAUGAAUAGCGUAGAGUAUGGGCUAGGGCAGAGAAGGCGACAUCUGGAAAGGGAUUUUUUUCUGCAAAAUUGGGGAUCAGCCCCAGUGCAAAUAGAAGUCCUUCCAUGCACACAAGCAGCUCCUGGAUCCAACUCAUUGACUUUAGAAAUGUGCCUAUAGUAAAUGUUUUCUGGUUUUUUCCUUUUCAGAGUGUUGCAUUAGCUCAUGUCAGACUAUAGUUAUAUGAAAAACCCUUGGAACAAAGUGAGCUUUGUUUCCUUAUUGUCCAUUUCUUCUGCAGUUUCUUGUGUUGUUUGAAAUUUAUUUUAGAAAUGCUUAUUGAAAUCCCUGUUUGUUGUAACCAUUCCCUCCCACACACAAACCACACACAAACAUUUACAGUGUUGGUUGAUAAACAGGUCUCUGUAACAAAUGUACUCUGUAAUAUGGUGGAGUUAUAACCUGUUAACACACUAACCAUACUUCGUAUCAAGCCAUUCCCUUAGUCCUUGCCUCCCCACAUUUACAUGAUUAGAGUUUUAUGAUUUUUUAUAUUUAUACAGAUACAAGUUUACCAUGUUGUUGCACAGCUGAUGUUUGAGACGGAUUAUUAGUUGUCCUUAUUAGCCUUGCAGAUUUGAUUUGUAUCGUCUUUGGUCAAUCCCUCCCCACCCCCACCCUUGUUUUUGAAUGAGACAGCGCUGGUUUACUUUGUGUGUGUGUGUAUAAGUGUGUGUGUGUGUUUGUGUGUGUGGUUAAUGUUCUCAAAGCUUAUGUGUACAUGUCUUGGUUUCUAGGUAUUGAUUUGCAAAGUUUUCACAUAUUUCAUACAGCAGCUUUACCAUUCAAACAAAAUAUGCUGUCUAAAUAUGUGUGUGCUAAAAAUAAAAAAAAACCUAGCUUGUCAGAAAUACCUGCAUUGUUACGUUUUGUGUUUAAUCAUUAAAUCAUUCUUGAUCCCUG